AUGAGUUUAGCGCCGUUUUUUGAUAAAGCACCAAGCAUAAUCAACAAACCAGAUGGUUCAGUUCUUUUCGAGUGCACUUGUAACGCUAACCCCGAACCUACCGUCAAAUGGUAUUUCAAGGAUAAAGAAUUAACUGGUGACCGCUAUAUUAUGAAAGUAAAGAAAACGGUUGGUAAAUAUGCAUGCACAAUGACAAUGAAGAAUCCAACACUUCAGGAUCAAGGAAUAUAUAAAAUCACUGCAACCAACAAGAAUGGCAAUCAUUCAGUGGAACAAAACUAUGUAAUGUCAUGUACAGCAAACGAAGUUUUUAAAACUCAAUGA